AUGACAUGACUUUAUCUGCAUAUGUACCCCUGAACCUAUAAUAAAAGUAAAAAAAAAAAAAAAAGAAAAAAGAAAAAAAAACAAUCUCACCUUUCUCCCAGAAUCUGCAGGAGAAACAAUAUCUCUGAAACUUUGUUUUACAUGGACUCCAAGACAAAGCAGAGAAUGUAGCUAGAGCCCAGGUAUGUGACAGACAGAUGAGAGUGACCCUCACCUGGCAGAUCCAAGGGGCCUAGUGUGAGGCAGGUUCAUGCAAGAACUAUCUCUACUUCUCUCCCCAGAUCCUCCUGAGGAUCAAGGUCAAAAGGAUCUGACCUUUAAAGGCCCUCCCAGAACCUUUAAAGGCAAAGAGAAGAAUUACCUUCUAGGUCUAACGUCUUUUACCAAAAUUCCCAAUUUUUUAUUUUUAGUCAUUGUACAAAUUGAGGAAAUGUACACCUUCUGGCUAGAUUCUGCGUAAUGGAGAAAAGGCUUGAGAGGCACAAAGGCUGGACUUUACAAUCACUACCCCUCACUCCAUCAUCCUUAUCUAUGCAUUUCCCUGGUAACUCAAUCCACAGCCUGGUACCUCUGCCACUGUCAUUUCUGCUGCAUUACAGACACAGACCUGCAAACAUCUAUGGUUGUGACAGAGUUUCUUUCUGACACCUGAGUCUUUCUCCUGCUGCAUGGAAAGCUUGCUGCGAGGGGCUUGGAAUCUGGCAUGAAGCCAGAGGGCAUCUCUGAGUUGCAGCAUUUAAAUGAUCCCACUCAGAGAUUCACACAGAAGACUGGACACAAUUCCGAAGAGCCGCCCAGAAGGAGAGAACAAUGUCAUCACUACCCUCAUGAACACUCGUGUGUUUGGCAUAUGGAGGUAUGAGGAGAAAUGCUACUAUUUACCCUUUGAAGAUGGCAAACCAUUUGAGCUGUGCAUCUAUGUGCAUCACAAAGAAUACAAGGUAAUGGUAAAUGGCCAACGCAUUUACAACUUUGCCCAUCGAUUCCCGCCAGCAUCUGUGAAGAUGCUGCAAGUGUUGAAAGAUAUCUCCCUGACCAGAGUGCUUAUCAGCGAUUGAGGGAGAUGAUCAGACUCCUCAUUGUUGAGGAAUCCCUCUUUCUACCUGACCAUGGGAUUCCCAGAGCCUGCUAACAGAAUAAUCCCUCCUCACCCCUUCCCCUACACCUGAUCAUUAAAACAGCACCAAACCUC